GUAAAAACACACAUCAAUAUCAGAAACGGAAUAACUGUGCACAGGGCAAACGAUGAUCAUAUUGUUCCAACAAGAUGAUUACUGUAUAAUAUUAUUUCUUACUGCAGCUUUUCUGACCGGCUUAAUGGCAAUUUUAUUCGGCAUAAUUAUGGGAAGCCUUGGAAACAUCUUCCAAGUUAUUUACAGUCUGUCUGGCGUCAUUGCUGGACCGCUCAAAGGACUGUUCUUGGCAGGCAUGGUGUUGCCCUGGGUUAAUGCUAAGGGUGCGUUCGUGGGAUUCUUGGUGUCCUUCUGCUUCAGUGUAUGGCUGAUGAUUGGUCAGUUAUUGAAGGGGGGUGGGACGCCCCCGCAACUGCCUCUCUCUGUAGAGGGUUGUCCUGUCUUUUCAAACUCUACCCUGGAUACCUUCCCUACACUCGCUACUGCGUCACUCGCUUCCGCCAAUAUCAGUGUCGAGCACACGGAGGAGGAAAAAGGCAUUUACGACAUCUCCUACUGCUACCACGGCAUGAUCGCACUGCUCCUCACCAUAGUCGUGAGCGGCGCGGUGUCGUUACUGACAAAACCUACUCCUCCCGAAGACUUGAAAGAAGGGGUAGUGAAUCCAACCUGUGAGCGGCUUUACCGGAGGUGGUAUUACACAGGGAGAAGGGACACAUGCAGCCUGGAACCCGUGAACGGGUUACAAGAAGCCGUCACUAUGCUGCCUGUGUUUGACAGCAACCUCCACUGCCCACAGUGACAUUCAGCAAUGAGAACUCUUACGUUUCACUGUUCCUGUCAAGGUUACUGAGAGAUAGCUGCCAAUCUCAGACGAAAUGUGUUAAGUUAAAAGUUAUGAGAAAUUGUUUUCGCACAAGUACGUACAAGUCGCCGAUAUUUCAUGAAUGGAUCAAAUCAAUAGGAACUAUGAAUACUCUCUGUCACUAAGCGGCGGAACUGUACAACGUCACUGGCCUGAAAAGAGCCCCUAAUUAUCCUGACAUUUCUGCGUUCGUGCAAGAAACUAUUCGACAAAGUAACAGCAAACAAAACUGACGUAGAAAAAAAAAAAUAUAUGAAGAGAUAUUUAUAGUUGAUGUAUUUCCUUGAAAAGCAAACCAUAUUUUUCAACAUCUUGCAACGCAGCUUUUAAGUCUUAGAAACAAACUCAUUUUUUUCAGCAUCAGUAUGUCUUUUGCCGUAAAGUUCAUGUAAUGCACUGUACUAUAUGAAAUGUACACUAGGCAUCUACACUAGGCAUCUACGGCCAGUCCUCACCUAAAGAUGAGCUCCGAGCCGUUAUUAUUUACAUGUGAAACCCACACUACCACUGUUGUACCGAAGGUGGAUAUAACAUCUAAUUAACCUUAUUUUUUGGUGGCAGCUUUUCAAUUUCCCUCCUCACGGCGGACCCCUGUGUAGCGGACUGGCGGCAGAAAUAUGCCCAUCUUAACCCAAAGACGUUUUUUGUUCUAAAUCUUAAGUGACGAAAUUUUCUGUAAUUUAGCUUUAUUUAUUUAUUUUAUU